CAUGACGUACAUUGUGCGCCGCACCAAUAGGAUUGCGGCACUAUCGGGUCAACAACAUGCGGGGUUCAAUGUCACAGAUGCGCGUGAUGCGCAGCUUUGAGCUUUCAUUAAUGUAGAUCUCGUGGUCAAGAACCGUGUUAUUUGAGGCUUCAAGCGUGUUGGUCAUCAUGGCAGGGUGUGGAGGAUGUCGGUUUUUUGUCCUGACUUUAAGAACAUUCAGUGGAACAUCAAGAUCUGCAGCACACUGUGCUCUGCCUUUAACUAAGCACAGGACUUUGUCCACCUCACUGAGAACUUUCUCUCUAGACCCAUUCCCCUCCGGGUCAAGGAAGACCCCGGCUCAGGUGGGCAAACCAGAGCGAAUUUCUCCAUCCUCAGGAGGCGUUCAGAGGAACCUCUCUGCUGUCGCCGUGCCCCUGCAGGGACAGUUUCGCCCCCUCUGCCGGUAUGAUCCUUUAGAUUUGGGUGAUGUGGAGGAGAACACACAGAAAGCACUGGCCUGUAAACACCUGAGACGGUUCAUAGUAGACCCUUCCCUCGCAAGAAUCGUGACUGACCACCUCGCUGGAGACAUUGAUGAUGGGAAAGCUGUUAUAUUUGAGUGUAACCCAGGUCCUGGGGUGUUGACACGCGCUCUGCUGAACCGUGGGGCUCAAAGAAUAGUUGCUCUGGAAAGUGAUACAAACUUCCUUCCUGAGCUGAAGGACCUGGAGCACAGACUGGAAGGGCAGCUGGAUGUGGUUCAUUGUGACUUCUUUAAACUGGAUCCCAUCGGCCAGGGCAGCAUGAAACCUCCGGCCAUGUACUCCGAGAAGCUCUUUUCUGACCUUGCCAUCUCUGAGGUUCCUUGGUCAGCAGAUGUCCCAGUCAAAAUUGUGGGCAUCUUCUCACAAAGGAAUGAGAAGAACAUACUGUGGAAGCUGAUUUACAACCUGUUUGAACGCCGCUCCAUUUUCCAGUACGGACGUGUGGAGCUGGUCAUGUUUAUCAGCCAGAAAGAAUACACUAAACUAGUGACCCGUCCAAGAGAUUAUAAGAACUACCAGGCUUUCAGUGUCCUCUGGCAGAUGGCCUGUGAUAUUGAGUUACUGCAUGAGGAGCCAUUGUCAUCCUUUCUAACUGUAACCAAGAAGACUGGAAGGCCCUCCUCAAAGAAGACUCAAUCCCAGAGUGAUAACCUUUGCUUAGUGCGGAUAACUCCACGUGAGGACUUGUUUAACUCUCACCUGACUCCCUUGAACGGCAGCACUCUGGUUAUGAUGGUGAAACAAUGCCUCGCCAAAAGGAAAUGCAGACUGAUAGAACAAAUUAACUCAUGGAGUCCCGGCAGUGGAUCAGAACUCAUUUCAAAGCUGGGCUUCCUUGACGACACAAUGACAGGCGAUGUUUAUCCUGGUGAGUUCAAGCGUCUGUUUGAGCUAAUGGAGCAGUCCGGAAACUUCACUCAGAGCUGGCUUUAUGAAGAGACGCUGGAAACCUCAAACACUGGUCACGCAUAACACAGCCAUGUACAGACAUGCAGAGCUAAUCAUGGAUGGAGAACAAAAGACAUUGUUUUAUAUGGAAGAGACAGCUAAAGAAUUGCUUAAAGAAACUCAAAUCCUUAAUGAUGACUAAAAGGCUAUUUAGACUGUCUUGUCUUUACAUUGUGUUUGGUCAUAAAAUGUGGACUGGAGGAGCUGGUUUCAUCAGUGCUCGUUUUGGUUGUCGGUGACUGCUGGUUGGAUACCUUUUGGACGAGUUUGAAGAUGUUUUACAGCAUCAAAAAUAAAGAUACCGUCACAUUUUCAGAGAGCUAUUGUUGCCAUGCUGAAGCCAUGAAGACACUAACCAUUAAGUGUGUACUACAAGUACACCAAACACCCGCUUGAUCUCUGACAGUAAGUAGGAAAUAUAACAUUUGAACAUUACAGGAAUAAAAACUAUUUGUAAUUCUAAUGAUUACAUUACCAAACCCAUUAACAAUGAAUUUUUGACUGUUUCCUUGUUUUUGUCUUUUUUUUUUUUUUAUGUGUGUUGUAUUUAAAUAUAUGAAUUUUUAAUAAACAACAAAUAAAUGACUACAUGAA